AUGGCUGGAGAUAAAACUGAUAAAACUAAUAAAGAAAAAGAUAAAGCUGGAGAUAAAGCAGAGUACUGUGGAUUGUGUUGUCGGCAAAUCAGUGACACUGCUUCAGCUGAGAGUACUCGUGCAUCAUGUAAACAUAUAUUUCAUACGCUUUGUAUUAAGGUGCGUUAUUGUUUACAAACAAAGGCUGAUGCCAAGGCUUUUGUAGCGGUUAAGUGUCCGGUAUGCCCAUUGCCUACGGACUCUGCUGCAGUGCUGGCGCAGAUUAAUGCCAAGCUAGAUUUGUUAACUACGAUGAAUGAUAAAUUAACAGGUCUUACGGAGCGUGUUGACAAAUUGCAAGAUACAUGCGGUACAUUAAAUGAUCGUGUCACGAAGCUUGAGGCAGAAGGGUUGCCAGACAUUGGAUCUUCGAAUAGUGCUGCUUUCAUUAAGCAGGUUGCGGAUCAGGUUAGCAGUACAGUAAAGGCAUCUUCUGACAUUAAUGAUGAAAUACGUCAGCUACAGUUGGAGUCUACAUUACUCAAUGACCAAUUUGUUGUUUCUGGUUUUAAGGAAGAUGCAUCAGAGGAUUUGCUUGACAUGGUUGUGCGGCUUGGGUCUAUGAUGGGUGUUCCUGAUUUAAAUCGCGAUAGAUUUCAGUAUGCGGACAGAAUUGGCAAGAAGGGUCCAGGGGCUAGAUGUCGCGAGAUUGUUGUCAAGUGUAAGUCGCCACAGACUGUCAACAAUUUCAUUGCUGUAAGGAGAGACCUUAAGGAGCUUACAGCUAAUGUUAUAAUUCCAGGCAUGCCUAGAGUGCCUAUUUAUGUUAGCAGGAGGUAUCCGCAAUCGCUGUAUAAGCUAAGGCGAUUAUUGAUAGAAAAAUAUCCAGCAAUAAAUAAGAGAAGCACCUGGAUUGCUAGCACAUGUGUUUGUGUUCGUCCUACGGUUGGGUCUGAGCCGAUCAAGGCGUACCCAUCGACGGACCUUGAUCAUAUUCAAGAACUCUUUCGGCUGCAUAGAAAUGACAGGAGGUUGCGUCAUGGGGGCGGUGUUGCGUUGUUUGUGAAGAAUACAUUGUCGUCAAGGGUAGUGGCAUGCUCAUCGAACUUAUCAGAUUUUGAAUUGGAAUAUAUAGCGGUCGAGUUAGUGGCUGAAAGUAGCAGAAAGAUAUUAGUUUGUGUUAUUUACCGCCCGCCGCGAGCGGCAUUGUUUGAUGCUUUUGAGCAAGACUUUGAUCGGCUGCUACCUUUUUACAACAACAUUGUGAUUAUUGGUGAUUUAGCUUGUUGA